GAUUUUAGAACUUCCAGGCCCUCCCAAGGCAGCCGGUGCAGAUCACUAAGAAGCAAUAUGUUCAAGGAAAGGAAGCGGAGGUGGUGACGGUUCACCCACGGGCCAUGUUCAUCCCCCAGGUUGGCUACACCUUCCUGGCUGCAGAUUUCUGCCAGGUGGAACUGCGUCUGCUGGCUCACCUCUCGUCAGAUCCUGAGCUGCAGAGGAUCUUCAACAACCCACAGGCCGACGUCUUCACCAUGCUGGCCUCACAGUGGAAGGGUGUGAGUGAAGGAGAAGUGAGUUCAGAGGAUAGAGAGCAUGCCAAGCGUAUCGUCUACUCUGUGGUGUAUGGAGCAGGUAGGGAGCGUCUGUCGGGCAUCCUGGGUGUUAGUGCUGAACAGGCCAGCCACUUCCAGGACAGCUUCCUCCACACCUACAGAGAGGUCCAGACCUUCAUACACACCACCAUCCAGCAGUGCCACAAACGAGGUUACGUGGUGUCUAUUAUGGGCCGGCGAAGGACACUUCCUUACAUCCACUCUACAGACUGGGGAGUCCGCAUGCAGGCUGAGAGACAGGCCGUCAACUUUGUGGUCCAAGGGUCAGCUGCUGACCUGUGUAAGAUGGCCAUGAUCCGUAUCUUCUCUCAAGUCUCCUCCUCCAGCUCUCUCUCCGCCAGGCUGAUAGCUCAGCUCCAUGACGAGCUGCUCUACGAGGUGGAGGACUCUCAGGUGGGGGAGUUCGCAGUGUUGGUCAAGAACACUAUGGAGUCCCUGCAACACAUCGAUUGUCUGGGAGUUCAUCUCAAAGUCCCCCUGAAGGUGGCGGUCUCAAGUGGCAAGUCCUGGGGCUCCAUGUCCGAACUACACCUCCCCCAAAAAUCUCUCCCACCCUCUUCCUGAGUCCCUCUCUCCAUCUCUUACUCUAUCUCUCUCCCUCAUUGUGCUGCAUCUCCAUCGCUAUGGAAACCAGGCAGCUGCAGCUCCUCCAAGCUCCCAAUUCUCCUUCUCGCUCCCUCUCUCUCUCCCUCUCUAUCCAAUUUUCUUCCUCACACACACACACACACACCCCUCUCUCUCUCUCUCUCUCUCUCUCUCUCUCUGCCCGUAUCAGGGGGCAACGGCAGGAGCCUCCCACUGGAACGCAUCAGUUUCUUUUUUUUCAACCUCCAUUUUGUGGAAUUGUAGUCCUCCUCUCUUCACAUUUUUCUGUUCUCACCCCUCUUCUUUAGAUUUUUGGUUUCUGUCUUCCGUUGCCAAGGCAAAACCACACUUUGAGAAAUUUGUUUGGCACUGUUGCCUUUUUAAAAGUAUUUCUCAACUAAAGUAAAUAUACCUCAUUAGCUAGAUAACAGUCAGAGGUUUUUUUUGAAGGUUCUAUACUGUUUGAUUGUAUUUAUUAACUGAUAUCCUGUCUGAAUGUCCUAUUAUUGCAUUAAUUGUCAAGUAAAGCUGGACUCAUCAAUGUAUUUCUACAAUAAAGUGAAACAAUCUA